UGCAUCAAGAAACAACUAAUGUAGGGGGAAAAAAGCAGGCUGUUUAUUACUAGAAAAUAACACCAUGUCUCAACCUGAGUCAGAAAACUGUUUAUUAAAAUGCACACGCACAUAUGUAUGGGUCUGUUCUUAAUGUUCUUUGACUCAGCUGUACGGAUCUCACAGUGCCUUGAACUCUUAUCACUUUUGGGUUCCAUGCCCUAUUAUUAGCCUCCCACGCCACCGUCUCAGCUGAGUCUGGAAGGAAAAAUAUUCAUUACGUAACAAUAAAGGAUCUGUCUCCCAGACCCACUUCCUGAAUACCAAAGCAGCGUCAAGGCCUCAUACUGAGGCAGAACGGAAGCCUCGUCCGUUUGUUCACUGGGGCCAUGCAGAUCCACGCUCACGCGUCUCCCACCCCUCCUUCUCAACACCUCUUUGUGGGUCAGUGAUGCAGCAGGAAUGACGCAGCCAUGGCGGUAGCCUACAGAGGGCAACUUGGCACCGGGGGGUGGGAGCGCUCGUCUCCCAGAACCACAGCCCAGCAACAGAAGUGACAGGGGAGGGAGGUAAAGGCCCAACCUAGGCUGGAGGAGGAACGUUAGCCGGAUGAGCGCUCUCUUCUCCUGAACAAACAACAGAGAUUUCCACUGCGACACAGGCGGGCCUGGCUGGACCUUCUGCACAGAGGCCCUUUGAUGACUGCGGUCCCCUCGUUUAUCCGGACCUGAUGGACAGCGCGCACCCUUUCGCCGUGCUAAACAAGCUCAAUGAGCAGCGCUCACAAGGCCUCUUCUGUGACGUAACCAUUGUGGUGGAGGAUGUCAAGUUUCGAGCCCACAAGAACAUUCUGGCGGCCUGCAGCAGGUAUUUCAGGAAUGCUCUGACGACCCCAGACCCGUGGACCUCUGGCCAAGUCCUGGAGCUUUUGGACCUUAAAUCAGAGGUGUUUGCCAACAUCCUCAACUUCAUAUACUGCUCAAAGGCGGCCUCAGAUGGCGCAGAAGACAGAAGGGGACUCACGGCAGCUGGCAAAAGACUGGGCAUUCCAUUUCUGGAAAUGCUUGCAGAAGAGGAGAAGCAGGAUGAAUGUGAUAAAUCCACAAACAUGUUUAAAAAAAGAAAGAAGGACCUCGUAAGAGCAGACGAGGUAGACGGCAGCAGAGGGCCUCGCAUCACCAAUGCCUUUUCUAUCACGGAAGAGUGCCCCACCAACAACCCUUUCACCCCUCUGGUUGAAGCCAACAGCGAGAGGCAGUCUCCAGAUUUGACCCAACACCCUUCAAGCUCCACGUCCUGCCCUAACGGGACCGGCGAGACGACCCACACGCUGUCGGAGCACUCGUAUGCAGUAAACAAAUCCACUGAAGGCAAAGAAAGCAGUCAGUCGGACAGCAAGAAGGCCUGCAAGCCAGCCAUGACGCAGCCAAAAAACCUCAUUUACAAGAACGCCGGGCCGCUUAAAAAGCGCCACAGGCUGAGGGGCGUUUUAGGGAAAAGUGUGUUCCCAGCAGAAGCAGAAGUGGAAACGCCAAACACAAUAACACCUGUGUUAACGGACUCUGCUGCAAGCGUCCCCGUGUUGACGCCGCCUUCCCUCUAUUCAGAGGCAGAGGCGGAGGAGCAAAUGAACUCGGGAGCGCCAGCAGCUGCUGACAGCCCCCAUAAGGAGUUGGGCCCACCACCCCUCUCUCCUCACACAGAGGACAGCAUUUUGAUCUACAGCUGCGAGCACUGUCCAGAGAUAUUCUCUAACAAAGCUCUUCUCAUCCUUCACUCAGAGGUGCAUAAAAAGCGUUUUGUAAGUCAUUUGUUUUGCAAAUUUUGUCACAGAAAGUUCAUACACCUCAAACGGCUACGCAACCACGAGCAGGGCUGUCCAAAGGCGGCAAGAGGCCCAUCCAUGGGAGAUGUCAGGAAAAUACCAAAAGAGACCGACCGCCUUCCAGAAGACACAGAAGAAAAUAAAGCAGAAGACGUAGUGACAUCACUCUCCCCAGCUGGCCUGUCCAGCCCUCCCACUCCAGAGUCCAUUCCAAUGUACCAAACACACGGUGAAAAGACAGUGAAGCCAAGCAGCAGUCAGAGGAAAUAUAACUGCAGCGUGUGCAAACGCGUCUAUGUCACCUUGUCGAGCUUGAAACGCCAUGAAAACGUGCACUCCUGGAGGAGGGCCUACCCAUGUCAUUACUGCAAUAAAGUCUUUGCUCUGGCAGAGUACCGAACUAAGCAUGAAAUCUGGCACACAGGUGAACGGCGCUAUCAGUGCAUUUUCUGUCUGGAGACCUUCAUGACGUAUUACAUCUUGAAGAACCAUCAGAAGUCCUUUCAUGGCAUUGAUCCAAGUCUGGCAGUUAAGAAGAAAUCAGCCAACGGCGGGCUGAAGGGGAGCGUUUACCCCAUAAAGCUCUACAGGCUUCUGCCCAUGAAGUUCAGAAAAAGACAGUACAAGACGUACAGUCAGACCUACUCUGAGAGUCUAGAAGGAAGUGAGCCGUCUUCUCUGAGCAGCAGUUCUCUCAUAUCGCCAUUUGACGAUAAUGGUCUGGUGGGCCUUCCCGACGCAAGUUCGAUCCCUUUGACAUUCAUGGCCACAACAAAGAUGGUCUCCCCGGUCAUGCCUCGUAUCAGCUAUGACAAGCCACUUGAUGUGGACCAAAGUCUGAACGUUGAGUUGGAGAGUCAAUGUGGUCCAAGGAAUGAAGAAAGUAGAGAUGAGCCUUUUCAAAGCAGGAGCGCCAUUUUUUCCGUGCAGCCAAACUUGAAUUUUGCUGCAGAUUAUACCGAUGACUCACAAGUGGUGUUAAACCCAGAGCGCGUCAAUAAUAACGUGUCGUUCUUAAGCUCCAUGAGCACCGUUAAAAAGUUAGGCGAACUAUCUGCUUCUGCAAAGAGAGUUGAGGACAUGACCAAGAAAAUCCUUCAGUCAAGCACGGAGAAUCGGUUUGGGGCAAAAACAGAGACGUACAUCGCCAAGCCUGCAUGUCAGGGUGCAUCGGUUGACAGUAACACGCUGCCUCUCUGCCAGAUUACGGUAAAAAUAGGCAAUGAGGCCAUCAUCCGACGCCAAAUCAAAGGUUCUAAACUCUUCCCCAGAAAGAAAAGGAGGAUCCGAGAUCUGAAUGGUGGCCAAAUCCUCAAUCAAUCUCCUCAGAGAAGAGAAAAAUCAGAAAGUCAGAGACUCCGAUAUAGACCAGAUGCUACUGCCACAGAAACCAACAUGUUUGAAGACACCAACGACUGCGACACAGCUGAUGAGCUCUGGCGUCCGUAUUACUCAUACAAAGCGAAGAAAAAGAUCAAAAAGCUCCGAUACAAGCACAGAAAAGCUUUGUUUCAUCUUCAUCCCGAGCCGUGUGUGGACAGAACGGCUGGCAGUGAGGCUCACGUCGACCGGACGACUACAGGACCCAAACAGAACCCAAGCAACAGCAGCCCCAGAGCCACUUACACCUGUGACAUAUGUGAUAGCUCUUUCAUCACAGAGACCGGUCUGAGAGCUCACGUGAUUGGCUCUCACCCUUAUUUCUGCAAGACCUGUGGUAAGCAAGGCCCUCCAGGUGAGGCACCUGCAGCCGCUGAUUACAUCUGCAACAGCUGCAUGGAAGAUGGUUCCUGCUUCGGUAACACACCUCGGAGUCCCAACCCAGAGAAGAAAUACCGCUGCUCCUUUUGUCCGCAGCGGUUUCUGUACCUGGCCACUAAGAGGAGCCACGAGAAAAAACACCAGGAGACAAAGGGGUGUGGGUUUAACACAUGCAUGCCUUGCUCUACAUUCUCAGCACAUGAGGGUGAGGAUAGUAAGCGAGAUGCCAUCAAAACAGAGGACAGCGAUAAUCAGGGAGGCACUGACAUAAAAAGUGAAAGCAUGGAAGGAGAGGACUUCUCGUGUAGCAAAAGUACGCCUAAAAGAGAGGACACUACAGACCUCUCGCAUUCGGUCCUCUACGAAGAUGUGUCAAAGCCCACUACUAGGAGGCCAGCUUCCCCGCACGCCAAUUCCAUGUUCUCCCUCACCUCACCAAAGGUCAAACAUGAAGUGGCCAAAAAGUGGAUGGACGAGCAGCAGUCUUUGCAUCUACUGUCAAAAAGACAACCUUUCGAUAAAGACGGCGAAACCAACAAAAACAUCCCAGUGAGACCGGGAAAAAAUGGCCACGGUGACCACGAUAAGUCCAACAAGAUGCUCAGAAGGAGCGACACUGUAGCUACACCCACCACGCUACUGAACACAGACAAAUGGGUGUGCAAAGAGGAGCCCCUGUAUUAGAUGUACAGACAGACCUCUCAUGUGGUUUGGAAACUGAAAAUCUGCCUAUUCAAACCUUAAUAUGAGAGUCAUACAUGUAAACAGAAUGACAUUUCUUCCUGAACCCAGAGACCCAGGCUUUGUCUGAAUUCCCUCACUGCUUGGUGCAUUAUAUAGGACGAUCGCCGUUUUGUUUUGGGAUGUCUGAAUAUUUCAUUUCAAAAUCUGGUGCACUGGAAACUUUCUAGAAGUCUCUAGAUAGAUACUUACUAGAUUGGUGAACAUAGACCACAAAACGUUGCGUUUGAACUAUUUGUCAUUUGAAAAUAAUUUACUUGCAUUUAUUAUUUAUAAAUCAUCCAUGUUUUCAUUGUCAGAAUACAGUGGAUUCAUGCACAGUCUUUGUAAAUUGUCUAUAUGUACUGUAUUUUUCGGAGUAUAACUUUUUUUACAUAAUUUGGUCAAGGGGCAAACUUAUAUGUGAUUUUUCAAAAUUAUAUAUAGCGCUUUUCUACUUACACCAACGCCUUUAGAGUCACAGAC